UUUCUGUUCGCAUAAUUGAGUGAGGCCCCAACUAGAUCCUAUGGUUCCCUUUAAUUAUUGGCAAAACUGAAGGAAAAAAGUUUUGAUCUUUGGCCGUCUCUUUCUCGUUUUCUGCUCUCAUAAGCAAGUCACGUCCUCUCUGAAGCUACCCUUUUCACUGUCAUGUGAAAAGGGAGAAAAAUUAAAGGGAAAAGCUUGAAUCUUGCUGAGAAAAUGUCAUGUGGGUAGUUGUUGCCAUGAACUUUCCGUGGUACUUUGAUCCUCCAUCUGGGUAAUUGUUUUUCACCUCUGUUUUUCUUUUUGGUGUUUUGGGAUGAUUAUGAUUUCCCCAGCAGCUGUAGUUUCCAGAAGGGCAUCGGAAACAGACAAACCUCUCAUUUCCUCUACUCAUUUUUGCUAUGAAGUUUAAAAAGUGUGAUCUCAUGGGUUUCCCCCUUUGCUAGUUAACGGACCUUAUUUACAAAGCUUGGAUCUUGGAAGAGGAGGAAUAGCUCCGAGGUGAAUUCAGCUUCUGGGGUUUGGAGGGUGAGAGACAACUAUGGGUGAAUCAAUAGUUGCUGCCUCGUGGAAUGAUGGAGAUAAGACAGCUACGAGUGCUUCAAAUCCUGGUCUGGAAGUGUCGGUUUCUUUUGGGCGAUUUGAGAAUGAUUCAUUGUCGUGGGAGAAAUGGUCGACCUUCUCUCCAAACAAGUAUUUGGAGGAAGUCGAGAAGUGUGCUACGCCUGGAUCUGUAGCUCAGAAGAAAGCUUACUUUGAAGCCCAUUACAAGAGGAUUGCUGCCAGAAAGGCUGAAUUGUUGGAUCAGGAGAGACAGCUGGAGCAGCAGCAAGUCUUGAGGUCAGGUGAUCAGGAUGGUGGAGAUCUAGUGGAAAGUGGUUGUGAGGUGGGCGAUCAAUAUUAUGAUGGGAACUCUGAUCCAGGGUUUAUGCCAGAGAUUGUUAAAGCAAAUGAGUCUGACGAUGAGUAUGAUUAUGAUGAGCAUGGUGAAGAUCCUCCAAUGGAUACUCAACCUCUAGUCAAUUCAGUUAAAGAGUUAAGGGAGGUGGAAGAAGGACUUAAUGGAAGCACGGAAAGCUCCGAACUAUACAAACAGGAACUGGCUGCUUCAGUUGAGAAACCAGAAAUUCAACCAAUUGAAUCUCAAGAAGUGAAGGAGGAAGAGAGCUUGGCAGCAGCAGCAAUGAAAGAGCAAAGUGUGAAGUUGGAUCAUAAGCCUGAAAGUUCUCCUGUAAUGAAGCAGCAGAAGGUGAAAUUGCAUCAUCAGACAAAGCCAUCUCCAAAGGUCACUCCAAUGAACAAGGUGAAGGAGACGCCAAUUGUGAAGAAGAAACCGGCAUCGCCUGCUAAUCAAAGGCCCCAAAGCUAUACUCCAAGAGUAAAGAAGCCAGUGUCAGCUACUGGUCCUAUGUCUUCUUAUUCACGGUCUUCCACAAAGAAGGCCAAUUUGACUUCAGUACCAAAGAGCAAAAGUCCAGUUACAGUUGAAAAGAAGAGAGUGGCUCCUAAAUCCUUGCAUUUGUCUAUUAAUGUGGAUACUCCAAAAUCUGAUCUACCGCCUCGUGCGCCUGCUCUUGCUUCAACCGCAAGAAAGUCAUUGAUAAUGGAAAAAAUGGGUGAUAAGGACAUAGUGAAACGGGCAUUCAAGACAUUCCAGAACAGUUACAACAAAUCGUCUCCACAUCAGGAAAUGACUUCUGGAGCUAAGCAGGUGGCGUCAACCAGGUCAGAAGUUAAAGUUUCCAAUUCUACAACACCAAGGAGAGAGAAUGGAGGAUCUUACAAGGCGGGUGAUGCAGAUAAAAGAUAUGCCAAGGCAGCUCCAUCGUUUGGCUUGAAAAGUGAUGAAAGGGCAGAGAGAAGGAAGGAGUUCUUAAGGAGACUGGAAGAGAAGUCCAGUGCUAAAGAGGCAGAAAGUGUGCGUCUUCGAACGAAAUCCAAGGAGGAGAAAGAUGCAGAGAUAAAGAAACUGAGGCAAAGUCUAGCCUUCAAGGCGACACCAAUGCCAGGUUUCUAUAAGGGGCAGAAAGCAAUGAAAGGCUCAUUCGAUAAGGAGGGUUCAAAAACACUCAAGAUAUAGAUAGCCAGCCGCUCAUCACAACAGAAGAAGUACGAAACCAGACCAAAUUUGUCGAAGAACAAAUGCUUGACGGAGGGAAGUUGGUUUGGUUCAUCCUACUACUUCGAAGAUCCCGCAUGCUGCUGCAGCUGUGUUUAGCUGGCUAGCUAGAAGGAAAGCCAUGAUCGACCCGAGUAAUCAUCAUCAGCUAUUAAGAUAGAUCACUGCUACUGCCUGAUCGCAGGCCCCCCAAUAUUCAGUCUUUCUAUAAUUUACUUAAGAGCGAAUAGUAAUUGUGUACAUCGAAACCGCCACCAAGACAGAGAUAGACCCCAGUAUAGUAGCAGUAAGUAGUAGCGGUAGAUGUUUGUGGGUCGGUAUGUAGAAUGGAACCACCAUCUUAGCUCUUUGUUCAUCAUGUUUCUGCAGUUUCUUAUCCAGACAUUGGUUCGGACGAAUCGCGAUGAAUGCAUAUAGGGAUGAAAGUUGGGAAAGAGUAAUUGCAGGCAUUCCAUUUCCAAGUACAAUAAUGUUUUUAGAUUACAUGAUGCAAUACCAUUGUCCAGUGACCGUGAAGCAUCUUUAUCAGUGAUGCACCGCAGCGGCAGAGAAGCUGGCUUUUGUGAUAAAUUCCUGCUGACAGUUGCUCACUGACUUUUGUACAACUAAUCCUUUGCUGUCUGUUCAGAAUUCAGCAUCCGAUUCAUUAGAACUGCUGCUGCUGGGAGACCUUUCCUUCAUGAAAUGUUCAGGCAAGUUCGCGAACCUCACCGGCGCCGCCGCGGGCGAUUUCGGCGACGACCCACUAGAAGAACUGGACAGUUUCCUCCUCCUCUGGAGACUCCUAGCUAUCUCCACACAGACCUGAUCCACCAUCCCCAGGAAAUCUCUGAUUAUGACAAACAGCUGAAGCGGACGGGCAGCUUGAUCAUUCGAAGCUCCCGCUUGAUAGUACUCCGUCGUUCUCUUCACGAGCUCCAUUACCUCCCUCUGUUCUUCCCUCAACGCUCUCACCUCCUUCUCCGCCGAUUCCAGAAACCCUUUCAUCUCCUUCGAGAACCCUCCGCCUUCCCCGCUAAUGGCGCACUGAACCAAGCACUGCUUCACUUCCGCAGCUCGGGAUGUAAUCGAGGAGCAAGUGGCGGCCAAUGUGUCGUAGUCGAUUUGAGCUGCUUUCUUCACGUUGCUGAAUUCGGCGCUCAGCCCACCCACAACUGGCAAUCCCAGCAUUGUGUAUUCCUUCUCCCUGUCGUCCCUCGAACCACCACCAACGUCGGAAGCUUCUCCUCCUCCGCCUCCGCCUCCGCCGCCUCUGAUGCUGCUGUUUCUGCUGCUGUUCCGGUUCAAGCUCCGGUUCCGGUUCAGAGCGCAGCGUUUCCCCUCUGCCCUCACCACUUCCUCCACCACGAAGUGAAGCAGAGUCGUCUUCCCGUCCGUGCUCUUGACGUCGGAGAGCUUGGUGAGCGAGCUCAGCUUGAAAGCUUUGGCGUUCCCUCUGGAUGUUCCGGCAUUCAUCCGAUUCCCGGCUUUCAGAAUCGCCUCCAGAAGCUUCACGAACAAUCCCCUGUUUCUGAGCUCCUUGCAUCCCAUAUCCAGAGUGCGGAGCGACUCCCUGAACUGGGCAAUCUCCGAAGCGUAAUUCACCCUGAAAAGCAUGGCGCUUACGCGGGUAAAUGCGGAGGGGAUCGCCCUGAGGAGAUGGUAGAGGAAGGACUCGGCGUCUGCGAGCCGGGUCGGGUCUCCGGUGAAUUCCAGGAUCUGGGUUUCUUCCUCUUUCGUCGGUGCGAUUCUGGUGAGCUUCUCGAGCAGAUCCGCGUCCAGGCCGUGGCCGUCCGUCAGCGCCUCCAGAAGCUCCUUGCGAGAAAUGGAUAUGGAUUUGAGUACAAUGGCGAUGUUCUGAGACUUCCUCGGGUCGAGAAUUACGAUCUGCGAUCUUGGGCUGGCGGCGAGGUUUUGGUUCUGGUUUGGGUUGUUCGAAUGGCUGCUGCCGCCGCCUUCCCUAGUUGGGGAUUUCCUGUUCGUGGCUACGUACCCGAACAGCGCUUCCAUUAGAUCACCAUCCACUCUGAAAGAACCGCCGUGGAGUUUGUCCCACACCAUUGAAUGGUCGGCAUUGUUUUUGUUCACUUUAUCCCAAUGCAACGGUUUCAAUUUCACUUGAGCGCCGCUCCCGGAGGGCUCGCCUGAUUUUUCGCUGCCUUCGUUCGCCGUCUGUCUAGAUGCAGAACCGGCCUUGCCCGGAGGCGGCGGCGGCGGAGCGUUUGGUUUCCUCGGAGGAGCAGGAGGCGGCGGCGCUAGAGCCUUGUUUUGAAGCGGUGGCGGAGGAGGCGGCGGGGCCGCUGGCAGUCGGGGCGGCGGCAUCGGGGGAGCGGCCGGUGGUGGGGGAGGCGGAGUACUGAAUUGUGGAGUGGGUUUAGGUUUCUCUACGGCGGCUGACACCAACGCAAUCUCACUGCCACCACCAGCAGCAAAAGACGCGCCACCGUAAGGGAUUCUCUUUUCCGACGGAAUCGAGAAUUGGGAGGUCGAUGAUUUCCCGCGGAGGAGAGGGAUCUCGUUCCUGCUGGUGCUCUCGUCUUCAAUCUCGUCGUGCUCCGCCGCGCCUUCAUCCUCCGGCGGCGACUGGAAAACCUUCUUCUGGUACCCAUUCUUCUUGCUCUGCCCUUCCAGCUUCCUCCAAUACACCACAUCCAGCCCGUUCUCGUCGACAAUCAGCCCCUUCACAUUCCCACCGCUCCUCACAAACUUCCCCACCACCGGCUGCUGCAGCCGAUCCCCACCGCCGUCCCCACCGCCCCCACCCACAACAGCGACCUGGUUUCCAUCCUUCUUCCGCCGCCGAGCCAUGACAUACCUGGUGACGAAAAAGAAGAGCAGCGUGGCGACAACGAAAGUACUGGCGGCCGUCGCCGCCACCGCCUUCACAACAUUGUUAUUUCCGCCGUCCGAGGAGCCCGCGGGAGAAACAGGGGAAGGCCCCGCCGGCUGUGGCUGGAGUGGGGUCGUGGGAGGGAAGGGAGCGGGCGCCGGGGCGGGCGACAGGUCGAAGAAAGGGUAGAAAGCUUCGAGAUUCUGUGGAUUGAAGGACUGAGAGGAACAUAUAGGCAGAAAGAAGAGAAGGAGAAGCCAUGGCUGAAUCCUGUCAGCCAUGGGCUGGAGAAGGGAAAUCACUGGUGAGGAGGGAGAGGGGAAAAAGGAUUUUUGGGAAGAGGAAGAGAAUUGGGCAAACGGAAAUCUGUUACAAAACCCUCCUUUUUUUUUCUCUCUCUCUCUCUUUGUUGAUGGAUUGAUGACGACGAAUUUUGGCUGGUAAGAAUGGUUUGUCAGCGAGGGGCGUUGGACAGUGUCAACGAAGAAGAAGGAAGGAAGGUGAUUAGUUGGUUUCCACUCCGGUAACGAGUUUUUUU